GGUGUCUACAGUAGUUAAGUGUCAAAUUCAGCUGGAAAGUACUGUGUGGUGCACAUCACACGUUUUAAAAAAUCUCUCUUAUAAUUUUUAAGGCCACUUUAAGUGCUACUGAGAGUGUGUAUAAACUGUGUGUUAAAAGUGUAAAAGAGUGAAUAUGGCGCAAUCCCCCGCAGCUGUAGCUCCUCCAAAGGAGCGCUACGUACCGAACGCGCUCAAAUUCGCUUUCGGCGGCCUUGCCGGUAUGGCAGCGACAUGUGUCGUUCAGCCUCUGGACUUGAUCAAAACUCGGAUGCAAUUGAGUGGUGGUAGCCGGACCUCUUUUGCUGUUGCUGGAGAGAUUGUGGCCCGAGAAGGCUUUGUGGCCCUAUACACUGGACUUUCAGCAGGCUUGUUGAGACAGGCCACAUACACAACCACUCGUCUUGGAGUCUACAACUACCUUUUUGACUCAUACAAAGAGAAAAAUGCCGGUGCAGCACCAGGCUUCGGCACAAAGACCCUGCUCGGAGUAGCAGCAGGUUCAGUCGGUGCCUUCGUCGGCACUCCUGCUGAAGUGGCCCUCAUCCGUAUGACAGCUGAUGGUAGACUGCCAGUAGAACAGCGAAGGAACUACAAAAAUGUUGCCGAUGCCCUCAUCAGGAUAGUGAGAGAAGAAGGUGUUCUGAAGCUAUGGCGCGGCGCCACACCCACCGUGGGACGAGCCAUGGUGGUCAACGCAGCUCAGCUCAGCACGUACUCACAGGCGCGUGAGAUGUUCGUUGGCUACGUACCUGACGGUAUCACGCUACAUUUCUGCGCGUCCAUGGUGUCUGGUCUCAUCACCACCAUCGCGUCCAUGCCGGUGGACAUCAUCAAGACGAGAAUACAAAACGCGGCUAAAGGCCAAAGCCAGCUAGGAGUAGUGACCUCCCUCCUCAAGAAUGAAGGCGUACUAUCCCUCUGGAAGGGAUUCCUCCCAUACUACGCGCGUCUCGGCCCUCACACGGUCCUCACAUUCAUAUUCCUUGAGCAGUUCAACGCAGCGUACUUCAGGAUGACAUAAGUAUAAUUUAGAAUAAGAAAAAAACAAGUGUUAAAGGUAAGCAUACAAUAUAUUUGAAUAAUUUAUUUGUGAGAUAUGUCAUAAUUGAUGUCUUUACUCUAUUUUAUUUAGGAAAGGUACUGUAUUUUGGUAUUUGAUGUCACGAGAGAUGAAUUGAUAUUUAUAAUGGUUUUAAAUUAGUGGUGGUAAAACAGUGGUGAUCAUAGCAUAACAUGGUCACCACUAAAUCCGUUCACCUAGUAGU